UAUAACACAUCUUUCAGGCUCCUUCGCAGGGCUCAUCAUCCAAGUCAAAGCAAAACUCACAUUUUGUACAGCACAAGCAUCAAGCCGCGAUCUGCGAAAAUGUCUGGCACCGAAUUUACCAAGCAGAAGCUCUGGGGCGGCCGCUUCACGGGGAAGACGGACCCACUUAUGCACGAGUACAACCAGUCGCUCUCAUACGACCGGCGUAUGUGGGCGCAAGACAUUCGCGGCUCGCAGGCAUACGCGCGGGCGCUGGUCGGCUGCAAGAUCCUCACUCCGGACGAGCGGGACCAGAUCAUUGCCGGUCUCGACGCCGUCGGCAAGGAGUGGAAGGAGGACAAGUUCGUCAUCGCAGAGGACGACGAGGACAUUCACACGGCCAACGAGAGGCGAUUGAAGGAGCUCAUCGGCCCUGUCGCCGGUAAACUGCACACUGGACGCUCCCGGAAUGACCAAGUAGCGACCGACAUGCGCCUGUGGAUGAUGGACGUUGUACACGGCAUCGAAACCUCCCUGAGAGGUUUGCUUGACGUCAUGAUCAAGCGCGCCGAAUCAGAGGUGGACCACCUGAUGCCUGGAUACACACAUCUGCAGCGCGCCCAGCCGAUCCGAUGGUCUCACUUCCUCCUGUCGCACGCGACCUACUUCUCACAAGACCUCCUCCGUCUGCGCGACCUCAUUCCGCGCAUCUCAGUUUUACCCCUCGGCUCCGGACCACUCGCAGGCAACCCAUUCGCCGGCCUUGACAGGGACACCAUCGCCAAAGACCUCGGUUUCCACUCUGUCGGCACGAACAGCAUGCACAGCGUCAGUGACCGAGACUUUGUUGCCGAAUUUCUCAUGUGGGCCUCCCUUGCAAUGGUGCACAUGAGCAAGAUGGCAGAGGAUCUCAUCAUUUACUCAAGCUCAGAGUUUGGUUUUGUCCAGCUCAGCGAUGCUUACUCGACCGGCUCCUCGAUCAUGCCGCAAAAGAAGAACCCAGACUCGCUAGAACUGCUGCGCGGCAAGUCGGGCAGGGUCUUCGGCCAGAUGUCUGGGUUCAUGAUGACGCUCAAGGGUAUUCCCUCAACGUAUAACAAGGACCUGCAAGAGGACAAGGAGCCGCUCUUUGAUGCUGUCGAAACGGUCGAUCGCAGUCUCAAAAUUGCUACGGGGGUCUUGUCCACGAUGACAAUCUUCCCGCAAAAGAUGCGCGCGGCGCUGACCCCGGACAUGCUCGCAACGGACCUAGCCGAAUACCUCGUGCGCAAGGGCAUCCCCUUCCGCGAGACACACCACAUCUCGGGCUCAGCCGUGCGCAUAUCGGAGGAGCGCAAGUGCCAACUGACGGACCUGACGCUGGCCGACCUGCAGGGCCUCAGCGAUAAGUUUGAGCAGGAUGUCAUGCAGGUGUGGAGCUUUGACGAGAGCGUCGAGCGCAGAGACGCGGUGGGCGGCACGAGCCGGCGCGCGGUGCUCGAGCAGUGCGAGAGGCUCCAAAAGGUAGUCGCAUGACAUGCCGGCUUCCUUUCAAAUCACUUUGCGACUGUAAAAUAGAGCACGCAGGGCAAGACACGACGGUGUAAAGCAAAUGAAUGGAUGACUGC